AUGAGGGAGCCGGCCGUGUGGCAGCAGGGCGCCGGAGCCCCGGGCCAGACCGCAGGUCAGGCUGCCCGCCGAGAUGGCCCUGACGCCGCUGCUCAAAACUGGGCCCAAAACCCCACGUCUGGGAGUCCGCAAAUCCGCACCUCCAGCGCGGCGGAAAGAAGGCGGCAGCCUCCCCUUUCCGCCCUCUCAGCCUUCAGCCGCAUCCCGGCCAGACGGGAAGGGCCUCCGGAGCUCAGCUAUUUCCACCGGGAGGCCAAGACAGGAGAUGUUUCCACUUAUGAUUCCAUUUUUAAAAGAACAGAGGGUUACAACAAAAAUCUUCACCGGUGUGACAGAGAACACGCAAAGAGUCGUGGUCUUAACGUUAAUGAGGAGGAAAUGGCAAGACCUGUUGCUGUUUUGUCAUCUUCAGAGUAUGGGAGACGCAUAAAUAAGCCCAUAGAGCAGCCAAUCAGAGAUCAUGCAAGGAUUAAUCACGUGCAGGCAGAAUUCUACAGGAAAAAUGGCAUCACCUGCUUAUUGGAAAAACCUUCUCCAAGCCUGGAUCCAUGCUAA